AGAAAGAGAGGGAAAAAGCCGGAAACCGAGCGCUCGUGAAACGUCCGCGCACGCAACAAAGUGACAGUCGUUGACAUCGGGAGGGGACCGGCGAUCCAUCGAUCUCUAGUAUCCCGAGAUCGGUCGAUUCGUGGGAUCGAGAAACGCGCGGUCGCGCGUCACGUUGCGUUGCAACGAGGGUGUCUUCGUUCGAGGGUUGUUACUUGUGGAUGACACACUGGGGUGGUGGUGCGAACGGAGAACCCUCGCGGUGCGUGGUGCACCGCUGCUGAUCGAAGAGGGGAGUCACCGUGGUCACUGGUGAUCCUCCAAAGACGCCUUUCAUCGAAUCCCUCGAAGAAUCGCACGGAAACGCGGAGCAGAACUCGUGUCCUCUCUAGUUUAUCAAAAUUGGAAGCAGCUACAUCAUAUGAAUAUGUCGUCUCUACGAACUCAAUCGAUGGGUGGUGGAGUUCUUGGUUUGAGUAGUGUCGGUUCCGAUCGUACGGGCGCAGCCUCGACUGCUGCCGGUUCGCAUUCUCACUCGCAUAGGAAGCAUCAUCAUCACCAUAGAAGCAGAAGCGCACCCCGGGCACCAGAGAAACCGCCUAGAAAGCGUCAUCUAAAUCCCGGACAGAGUCUCGCCUCGAUUCCCAGUCAGAUCAAAUUGUCGAUGCUAAACAGCGGUCUCAUCUCCUUCGCUACCGAAGAAUUGGGGAGUAGCAAAUUGAGCACCACGUUGCCGACCGCACCGACUGAGCUUUCGCAGUUCCCAAAGCUCUGCGAGUUGCGUCGGAAAUUCCCGGUUCUAUACCGAGUGGAGUUUCAGACGGCGACAAAAGUGGAAACGCAUUCGUGCAGACACGCCACGAAACCCGCGAACAAGGAAAAGAACCAAAAUCAAAAGUGUAUUCCAUAUGACUAUAAUAGAGUAGUGUUGGAAACGAUAGAAGGCGAGCCUGAUUCCGAUUAUGUUAAUGCAUCCUAUGUAGACAGUAUACUGAAACCAAAUGCUUACAUCGUCACUCAGGGACCUAUAGAGAAUACAGUAACGGAAUUCUGGCGGAUGGUCUGGCAAGAACAAGCUUCCUGCAUCGUUAUGCUCACGAAAACCUUUGAUUUCAUCAAGGUAAUGUGUGUACAGUACUGGCCGGCGAGUAAAGACAAAGAUGAGGAAUACGGCGGCAUAGGUGUUUCUGUGUUAAAGGAAGAAGAACUCGCCAAUUUUCAUAUAAGAACGAUAAAGCUCUACAAGAAAAACGAGGAUGACGAGAUUACUGAAGAAAGAACGUUGCUACAAUUUCAUUACACAGAAUGGCACUCGCAUACUUGUCCCUUUGGAAACGCGGUACUGGAAUUUAGACGGCGUGUUCGUGCGGUUGUGGGAUCAACCAUAAAGAAUGAAUCCGGACCUAUGAUUGUUCACUGCAACGAUGGUGGUGGACGAUCGGGGGUAUAUUUAGCGAUCGACGCGAACAUGGAGUUGGCCGAAGAAGAAGACGCGUUUGACGUGUUUGGUUACUUGAAGAAGCUAAGACAGAGCAGAAGAGGAGUCAUAGAAAAUUUGGAACAGUACAAGUUCAUAUACGACACGCUAGAAGAAUUUGUCGUGUGCGGUACGUCGUGGUUUCCCGUGGCGGAAUUGUCGCAACGUUUGAAGCAAAAAAGCAUAAAGAAUUCCAUAACCAAGAUGAACGAAUACCAACGAGAGUAUCAACAAAUUUGCAAGCAGACGCCGCGUUUUACAAUCGGCGACUGUGCCGGUGGACACAGAGCUGACAAUAGAGAGAAAAACAGAGAUGUCUUGGUGGUUCCACCGGACAAUUUUCGACCAUAUCUUACCAGUUUUCAGGGCAACAGUUUCACGGAUUAUAUCAAUGCCGUUUUUGUGGACGGUUACACAAAACCGAGAGAAUAUAUUGUAACGGAAUGGCCUCUUCGGCACACGUGCGGUGAAUUCUGGUCUUUGGUUUACGAUUACGAAUGCGCCGCGGUGGUGGUGCUGUGCGUACCGCCUCAGGGAUCCGCAAAUUUUCCUAGCUUUUGGCCGGAAGGAAGGCACUCCAAGAAGUACGGACCUGUGUUCACGAUCGAUCACAUCAGCCAUAAUCAUUACACGAACAUUAAAACUUGGGUUUUUAGGAUAAAUAAGAAGAUCGUUUCGUUGACAGAAUUGAUGGCGGGUGUGAAAGCACCGCCGAAAACCGUGCAAUUGUUCCAAUUGACUUGUUGGCCAAUGGGCCACAAAGUACCCACCUCCACGAAUAGUUUAGUCGAACUCAUGAAUAUGGUUGAGAGAUGGAGGCAACGAACGGACUACGGACCGGUAGCUGUGGUAUCGCCCGACGGCAGAAGUCGUUGCGGCGUCUAUUGUGCCGCCAACGCUUGCAUAGAACAGGUCAUUCAACACGGAGAGGUUGAUAUUUUCCAAGCUGUGAAAACUGUGCGCAGGCAUAGGCCGCAGCUUGUGGAAAAUAUGACGGAAUACAAGUACUGUUACGACUUAGUCCUGCAUUAUGUGCUGCAUUACCUGAACAAAGACAUGAACGAGAAGAAGUGAGAAAGCGAGUUGAGGGACGAGC